AUGCCGCACAGUUGCCAGCAUUUUGGCCGCACAUCUUUUGCGCUUGGACUACGCCCCGCCCCGCGCAGCAAUUUCUGGCGUGCCUGGGGCGGUCCGUGGGGUAUUCCCGAGUCUCGUGAGGUGAGACCGAUGGCAUCGGCAACUCCGCUGCUGAAGGAUGACAAGGCCAAGCCUGGAUGCGUCCUCGGCGUGCUGAGUGAGGGGUUCAGCCCAGACGCGAAGGUCAGCAAAGGUGAUCAGCGUGUCAGCAUGGUUCCUGAUGUGGCGGAAUCUCUCAUCAAGGACGGCUACGCAGUUGUGGUAGAGCGAGGCGCCGGCAUGUUCGCGGGCUACUCGGACGAGGCCUACGCGUCCAAGGGCUGCGAGAUCAAGAGCCGCGGGGAUACCAUCGACGCGUCCCAGGUGCUCUUUGCCUUGGAGCCGCCAGCGGAAGACUUCCCCAGAAUGAACUGCAAGGUGCUGAUCAGUUGGAUAGGGCGCUUGCAGGACAAGGGCAAGGACUUGAUCCUGAAGGCGAACCAAUACCGGAUCACCAUGGUGGACGUUACGGCAGUGCCACGGAUCACAAUCGCCCAGAAGCUGGACGUGCUCAGCUCCCAGGCGAAGGUUGCAGGGCACCGAGCUGUGCUGGAGGCAGCCCAUUCCUACCAGCGCUUCCACACGGCAGAGAUGACCGCUGCAGGCAAGUACCCGCCGGCGCAGACCUUUGUGCUGGGCUGCGGCGUCGCGGGCCUGGCGGCCAUCGGCACCUCCAAGGCUCUGGGUUCCGUGGUGCGAGCCUGGGACGUGCGAGACGUCUCGGACCAGGUGCACUCCAUGGGCGCGAAGUGGGUCACCGUGGAGUUCAAGGAGCCCGGGGAAGGCCAAGGCGGCUACGCCAAGGAGUCCUCCGACGCCUUCAAGAAGGUCCAGCAGGAGACCUUCAAAAAAGUGCUUUCGGAGUGCGACAUUGCCAUCAGCACCGCCGCCAUCCCUGGCAGGCCAUCUCCUUUGCUCAUCACCAAGGACGCAGUGUCUGCCAUGAAGCCCGGCAGCGUCAUUGUAGACCUGGCUGCCAUUGGUGGCGGCAAUUGCGAGCUUACACGCCUCAAUGAGACCAUUGUCACUGAGAACAACGUUACCAUCAUUGGCUAUGCCAAUUUGCCCGCCCGCAUGGCGCAGCAAGCCUCGGCCAUGUAUGCGCAGAACAUGGCGAACUUGCUCAGGCACGUCCAUCAGAAAGGCAAGGCGGGGGCUUUCUUGGAGAACUUGUACGGUGCUCUGGACAAGGGCGAGGAGGGCGACAUCGUGUCCCGCAGCAUCGUGUGCUGCCGCAACGGAAACCCUGUGGCUAUGCCGCCGCCGCCGCAGCCCACGCCCAUCAAGGCCAAGCCGGUGUCCGCGCAAGAGCAGGCCAAGAAGGCCGCGGAUCCAUACAAAGCAGCCCUGGGCUCCGCGGCAACCUUCGCCUUCACCAUCUGCUGCAUGCUGGGCUUGGGUGAGGGCGUGUCGACGUCUCUUUUGAGCACUUUCCUCUUGGCCGGUGCUGCAGGAUACCAGGCAGUUUGGGGUGUGGCGCACGCCCUGCACACGCCGUUGAUGUCAGUCACCAACGCAAUUUCUGGCACGACUGCUAUUGGCGGGUUGCUCCUGCUGAACCGUUCGAGCUCCCGCGCCGCGCAGCUCUUGGCGCUGGUGGCGGUGCUGGUGAGCGCGGUGAACAUCAUCGGCGGCUUCGUGGUGUCCCAGCGCAUGCUGAACCUCUUCAAGAAGGGGGGGGAAAAGGACUACUCGGGGUUCAUGCUCCUGCCCGGCCUGGUUUUCCUCUUUACUUGCCUCACCCAGAAGGAGCUUCUUAAGGAUGUCAGCACUGUCUCCGCGCUGAUGUGUAUCGCCGCCAUCGCUGGCCUUGCCACGAUGUCUACGGCCAAUGCUGGCUGCAAGUUCGGCAUGGUGGGCGUCUUUGGCGCCAUGUGCGUUGCCAUGGUGAGUUUGGACAGCGGCGCCUUUGUGCUGUGCAGCAUCCUGCUGGUGGUGGGGGGAACUGCUGGCCUUGUGCUGGGCGUUCAGGUGAGCCCCAUCGCGCUGCCGCAGACCGUGGCCGCCUUCCACUCCUUGGUGGGCCUGGCGGCCAUGUGCACCUCCAUCGGUUCCUUCGUAGAGACCCCGGUGGCUGGCGCCACGAUGGAGAAUGUUGCGGCCGUCUUGGGCGACUUCAUCGGGGGCGUGACCCUGACCGGAAGCCUCAUUGCCUUCGGGAAGCUCAAUGGGAACUUGGCCUCCAAACCUUUGGACCUGCCAGGCAAGAACUAUCUGAACCUCUGCGGCUUGCUCCUCUUCAUCUUUUGGAUCUACAAGUUCCUGCACACCUCAGGAGGCCAGGGUAUCAUGAUCCUUUGGCUGGUGGCGGCCCUGGCCUGCCUCAUGGGCCUUCACCUCGUGGGCUCCGUGGGCGGGGGCGACAUGCCCGUGUGCAUCACCGUGCUGAACUCCUACUCGGGCUGGGCCCUGGUGGCGGAGGGCUUCCUGCUGCAGAGCCCGGUGCUGACGAUCGUGGGCUCCCUGAUUGGCUUCAGCGGAGCCAUCCUCACCAAGAUCAUGUGCGACGCCAUGAACCGCGACAUCAUGAACGUCCUCUUCGGCGGCCUGAACAACGCCCCCGCCGUGUCAGGUGGCGGCGACAGCGGGCCCAAGGAGCACACAGAGACCAGCUGUGCCGCGGUGGCGGAGAUGCUGUGCAACGCCAAGGAAGUCCUGGUGGUGCCUGGCUACGGCAUGGCCAUGGCACGUGCUCAGACCGCCAUGGGGGACCUGGCGGCCACACUGCGAGCCAACAACAUCAAGCUGAAGUUUGGUGUGCAUCCGGUGGCGGGCCGCAUGCCUGGGCAGAUGAACGUGCUGCUGGCUGAGGCAGGCGUGCCCCACGAAUGGGUGCUGGAGAUGGACGAAGUGAACCCCGACAUGGAGAGCAACGACGUGGUCCUCGUGGUGGGCGCCAACGAUGUGGUGAACUCCGCAGCGCAGGAAAUCGAGGGCUGCGCCAUCUGGGGCAUGCCGGUGAUCGAGGUUUGGCGGUCCAAGAAGGUGAUCUUCUGCAAGCGAUCAAUGGGUGGAGGCUAUGCGGAUCUGGACAACCCGGUGUUCUACAAGGAGAACACUGAAAUGCUGCUGGGCGACGCCAAGAAGACCUCAGACUCCCUGGCCGCCAUGGUGAGGGAACGCUUUGAGAAGGCAGCAAGCGGCGCGCAUCAACGCGGGAUCGCCUUGAAGGCAUUUCUGUCUGACCCCGCAGAUGCACGGCUCGCUCUGUACCGCGCAAAGGCCAAACGCGACAUAAGAGCUUAUCAGAAGCAGCUACAGCCACUAGUCGCUACCAAGGCCGACGGGCCUGUUGACGAUCAAAAGCAGCUGCGUUUGCGUGAGCUGCCGUCUAUAGUUGCAGUGCACUACAAUCACGUGUGUCUGGAGCGCUUGCUUCACCCAGGCGCUGUUGCCGCUGCAAAGUCAGUGGUGUCUAUCUUAGUUCCUCAAGGGGCGUCAGCGGACCUCCAGUCAUUGGCGCAGCAGGUGGCUGCCAUUGGCGGUGGUGAUGUUCUACAGCUUGCACCACAUCUCCUGGGCGAGUUCUGUAUGGACAUUUCUUGGGGCGAACCCGUGCGCUACGCAAUCGCCUGGCCAAGGCCGCGAGAACUGCACGCAAUGCAGCCACCAUUCUUGGUGCUGGAUGGCUUAGUGUCAGCCCAAAACCUUGGCCAAGUGAUGAGGAGCGCUGUGCUGCUGGGCGUGAGGUCCGUGGUGCUCUCUAGGGCAAAUCAUGGGAUUGUGAGCCAUGGCCUCAUGGUGCAGAAGAAGCGCAAGCGCAAAGCCUCAGAGUUGGAGCUGCAGGCGCCACUCGGCCCAAAGGCCAAGGCAAAGAAGGCUCCAAAGUCGAGGUUCUGGGACUUUAAGAACAGCCUGGAUGAAGCUGCAGUUGCAGAGCUGCGUGGUGGCGAGGCUGAGCCCCCAACCGUGGAGGAGGAGAGCUGCCGCGCCCGGGCUGUGGCCUCUCUGCGGCGUAGGUACUUGGAGCUCUGCGGAGAGCUGCAGCUGAAGGCUGCUUCCCCAGUGUUCUUCGACAAAUGGCACUGCGCUUGGCUCUGCCUCGCCAAGAUGGACGAUGGCACGCUGCGUGACCCACUGCUGCCGAUGAUCGAGGCCCGUGUUCAGGAUUUCCAAGUCCUUGACCAGGCCAUGGUGAAGGCCCUGGCCUUUCUGCCGCCCAGCAGGGCCUUGACUCUGGCGCAGCGCCUUCGUGCUGCUGCAGAGAGGAAGGCGAAAGCGCUGCCGCAGAAGCUGCAGAAACUGCCCCGCGAGGGCCAUGCCUCUCUGCAGAUGAACGGGGACGAGGCUUCCUUCCGGCUUCUGGCCAGUUUAUAUUCUGGCACUUGCCCGUGGCAGGCCACAUUGAGCUUCGAAGGCUGGCAGCUGCCAAUAUCCCAACUGCACCUGCAGAAGCUGCGUGCGCUUUUUCGUGGGGAGGGUGAAGUUGCAUUUGUCGACGCGGCCUUCUGCUGCUUGUUGAGGUACCACUCCGUGCUGCAGAAGGGCUUUCAGGGCGCCUGCACCGAAGAGGUCUUCCAGGCGCUCCUGGAGACCUUCGACGUGCGCUUCGAGUGCUUUGCAUCGCCGCUGAACUGCCGGUACCGCUGGAUGUGCUCCGCUUUCCCGGACACGGACUCCGUGUUUGGGUCCUUGGGCUCCUUCUUCGCUCAGACUUUUGUGUCUGGAAGCUUCCAGCUGAACCCCCCGUUCGUGGACGACAUCGUGAUCUCCAUGGUGGAGAGGCUGGAUGAGCAACUUGCGGCCGCAGAAGCUCAGAAGUCUUGCCUGACCUUUGUGGUGAUUGUAUGUGCCAACUCUGGCAGCCGCUCGGGGAGCGCGGCAUUGCAAGCGCUGUGUGCUAGCACCUUUCUCCGCGCGCAGGUCAGUGUGCCAAAGGGCACCCACCAGUACUUUGAUGGAGAGCAGCAUCUCAACCAGCAGUCACGACCCUCACCCUGCGAGACUGGUGUCUUCGUGCUUCAAAGCAGGAAGGCUGCAAGGCGGAAUCCAGCAACUGCACUGAAGAUGGAGAGGAUCAAGGAGAGCUUCGCGCUUGAGAAGGGAUGAGCGCAGCGCUGCUUUCGGCA